AUGGCCAAACCAACACGGCACGCCGGUUCCCAUGAACCGUUGCAAAUUUACCAAGACGACCUUUUUGAGAACUCGACUGAGAUGGUCAACCACGCGCCCAUGCCUGCCGCUGCCAAGCCCCCAAGACGACCACUCGGCGCAACAAGCAACAACAACGUCGUUCUCAACCCUCCCAUGCUCGCCUCUGACAGACACUCGCCCUUGAAGGCGUUGUCGGGCAACUCAAAAUCACCUUUCCUGCCGCUCAAAUCGCAAGGUAGUAAACUCAACAUGGUGUCAAUGGCACCUCCAUCAACAAACUCCCAGAGCACCGACUCGCUACACAAGAAGCCCUACCUAUCCAAGUUCAAGACCGUCGCACAAAAGCCGCCAUCUGUGGAUCUCGCCGCCGGCUUCGGGAAGGAAAACGUCCACCCGCAACUGUACCCUGCGCCACCGACGAUCAACUUCGACCAGUUCUAUAUGCACAAGGGCCCGGGCAAGCGCACACUGAUGGAAGCUGCCCCGAUCAAGGAAUCGAGGCCGCUGAAGAAAGUCAAGGCCGACGAGUCAGGCUUGCCCCCGCACGAUUCCUUUCCUCCAAUUGUCGACGACGGAACGAAACCAGGCCAUAGCUACGCGACUUUGAUCGGAAUGGCCAUCCUACGAUCGCCACAACGGCGUCUGACCCUCGCCCAGAUAUAUAAGUGGAUUUCCGACACCUACUCGUUCUACAAGGCGGAGGAGUCGGGUUGGCAGAACAGCAUUCGUCACAACCUUAGCCUUCACAAGGCCUUCAUCAAGGUGGAGCGACCCAAGGACGACCCAGGCAAGGGCAACUACUGGACUAUUCAGGAAGGUAUGGGACAGCAGUUCAUGAAGGACAAGCCAGCAAGGAAAGCCGCGACGACCGCCGAGAACGUGCCCGUUAUGUCGACCCGCAUGGAACCCUCGAGACCAGCCAACGUGCCUAUCCAAGAGCCGACCCUUCCGCCUCCUGCACCGAUUAGGCAUGCAACGCUGCCGCCGUUGCCUACUUCGCAGGCUACGGUCGCUGUCGAAUUCUCCUCCGACGCUACCAUUCCUGUCUCGGACUCGGCCGCACCCGAAGACGGACAGGACAAGCUGGAUCACGAAUGCUCACCUCUGCCUCCUACGAUGCACUCUUCACCGCCAAUCCCGCGACACAUGGGGCCCCGCAGUCGUACUCCUCCUCCGCCUGGACGCGGCCCUGCAUCUUCGAUUACAAGAUCGCACAAGAGAAAAUUUGCGUCCAUGGACGACAGCGGUUACAUCUCAUCCCUUGAGUCGUCCGCUGUACGCCCGCAAAAGACUGGCAUUCUCACGUCUGAAGCUGACCGUCCACGGAAGCGCAGUCGCGCAGGCAGGGCCGAGGACGAGAUUGCUCGCUUGCGCGCAUCGUCUUACGAUAGCCCUAGCAAGGGUCGGUCCUACAACGCAUUUGCCCCGCCGUCCUCGUCGCCGCUCCGCCAACAGGGUCAGAUGCUGCCACCGCUCACACCCGCCAUGAAGCUGAAGCCGCCCACGAAGGCCCCGCCCUCUGCAUCUCCCAACACCAACCUGCGCAUGCACCGCGAAAAUGUCCGCCAGAUGCUCCAGUCUCCCAUACGCAAGAUGGCCGGGACUGGCGAUGGCAAUGCGCCAUGGAGCCCGGCCUUCAACUUGGACGAGAGCGUCUACAACUACAACCUCAUGACCACUAAUGAUUUCGACAUCUUCCAAGACAUGGAUAAUGACUUCUUCGACGGCUUACCGCAAGAGUCGCCCUCCAAGAAAUCUAGCGGAAAACGGCCUCGUCCUGAGCGCACGCACUCGGCCAAUGCCUUGACCGACACGAACGACUCUGGCAAUGGCAACAAGUCGGUGCUUUCGACGCCUUUCUUGAAGGCCCCGGCGCAAUCCAACGCCAUGUGGGAGACCCCCAGCAAGGUUUUCGAUGGGCUUUCUUCGCCCAUCAAGGCCAACGACGGUGCGUCCCAAUGGAGGUUCCCUUCGCCGACCAAGAUUUCCAACUCCUUCUACGAGGUGGCGGCGGAGGGUGACUGGCCCUCUUUCUCCUUCGACACAACCGACUUUCUGGCGGAAGAGGCUACCGAAUAUUCGGGCCUCGACAUCCUGCAAGGCUUCGAAAAGAUCGGCUCUGGCUCGCAACCCAAGUCUUCGGGUUCCAAGUCUGGCAAGCCCGCAUUUGGACGGAGUUACACCUCGCAAUUUUAA